AUGGGGAACAGCCUGAGGUGCUGCCUGGCGUGCAUGCUGCCCUGCGGCGCGCUGGACCUGGUCCGGAUCGUGCACCUGAGCGGUCGCGUCGACGAGUACGGCAGGGCCGUGUCCGCCGGCGAGGUCCUGGCGGCACACCCGGACCACGUGCUCAGCAGGCCCUGCGCGUCCACGAGGCAGCAGGGGGUGCCGCGGAUCGUGAUCAUCGUGUCGCCGGAGGCCGAGCUCGAGCGCGGCGAGAUCUACUUCCUCAUCCCGGCGGCAUCCGUGCCUGCCGAUGCCAAGAAGAAGACGAAGAGGACGAGUGCCGGCUCGGCUGAGGAGGAACGGAGACGACACCGGCAGCACGUCCGCAGCAAAUCGGAAGGCAGCGCGGCCGCGGACGCAGACGUCGAGGGUCGGUUGGGAUUGAGGUCGCCGGAGACGAACAGGAAGGAGCAGCACCGCCGGCGCAUGAGCACCGGUAGCCACGCCGCGUCGUGGCACCCGCACCUCUCACGCAUCGCUGAGGACCCAGCUUCAUCGAUCGAGCUCUAG